UCGAAACUCGAUAUGGAUGUCGUUACCACUGUAAACAAAUAUGGCGCAUGAACAAGUGCUCCACUAAUUGAUAAACAGAAAUCAUGGCCCUUGUCAAAAGAAGGGACUUACCAGUGAGACCGUUUCACAGCGCAGAUGCUAGAAAUACAUCCUUUAAAUUACCAAAGAUAGAAAAGCCCCCAGCCAUUGAUUAUGAAAAGUUGAGAGAACUUUGUCGCAUAGAUGGUCUCAAGGAUGUUCAAAAUGGUGUCACACAGACUUCAGAGGAGGCACAUGAAGCUUUCAUGCAAAACUAUAAAAAUAUAUUUGUACAAAAACCAAAGAAAUUAGGAUUUCCCAUUCACUCUGAACAAAGAGAACAACAUAAAUCUUCGAUGCUCAGUGUAACACACAAUGCAACAGGUAAAACAAUGGAGACAGACAAAAGGAAACCAAAGAAAGAAUGGCCAAUAGAUAAAAUUACUCACAAUAUACGAGACUAUAUGCCACUACUUCAUAAACAGAGGAAAAUAGAAGAUCCAACAUUGAUACGUCAAGAGAACCUUAAAACUUUAAGGAGACUUGCUAGAAAGCUAGUAUACAGUGUUGUAACAAAGGACAAAAACUGUGAAAUUUUCAAAAUUCCUGCUCAAAUUAAGCAGAGGGAACACACAGAGAAAGUAAAUCUGUUAUUGUCCUGCGGUCAGUAUAAAUUGUGGCCUCGGCAACCACUCCUACAGGUAGCGGAACUUAUAGAAUGGAUCAGCUACCCUCCAAAUACAGUGAUAGUGAGUGAGGGUUAUAUGGCACCAUUUAUAGGUUUUAUAAAGACUGGAGAAUGUCACAUACUGCGGCAGGUGGAGGUUAUGCACACACUGUCUAAUGGCAAAAGGGAGAAGAGAACCAAGCAGGUAGUCAUGGGUAGGCUCGGACCAUCGGAAUCCUUUGCCGAGUUAAGUGUUCUUCUAAAUGAGCAGAUCACAUGUUCUGUUGUCACGGCAACAGAAAUGACUCUGGGUGUAAUACGACCAGAAAAAAUAAAAGAUUUAGAUGAAGUUACAAUACAGCUGUUCAAGCAGUCAAAUAACAGGACAUUUGGUGACCUUACUAAGGAAGAUAUUCAGGAGGAGUACAUGCAACAGGAACUGAAGAGGGAAUGGAAUGAAUUCAAACACGGUGUCCUACUGGACGUUAUAAACUCUAGAGGAAUCAGACCAGGGUACGGGAAGUGGUCCAAAUAAAGUGAAGCAUAAUCAUUAAACCUUAUAUAUAUAUAUAUAUACUUACGUGGGAAUUACAUAAAGGAUGUCUGUUUAAAUCAAACAGUAUCAGUACAAGUGAAAAAUACCAUGUUCUUUGACAAGGAAUUAAUUAUCAUAUUUCUUGAUAUGACAAACAUGUAAGACAGUGUUAGCACUCCCAUUAGUCUUAGUAGCAUACUGGAAACAAACAUAUUGAAUUGUUUUUAUAUAACCAUACAUUUGAACUACACUGGUUUUACUUUUAUCAAGAUCUGCUUUUUUAAUUUUUGUAUCAUUUGGAUAUUAUGUUUACAUUAAAAUGUUGAAGAAUGUGAUCAUUA